AUGUCGUCUGACGUGUUGUUGUGUGGUAGCCCUGCCCUGGCCUCAGCUGCUUCCCUCCUAGAAGGCCUGCAGUCCAGCACAUUCACACACCACAGCCAUUACAUGAGAGAACCCAGUCACCAGCUUGCAGGUGGGAUGGUAGCAGGAGAAAUUCAAAGACUGCCCGAGGGCAAAAGCCACCUAAGGAGGCUCUGCAAGACACCUCCUCAUCCAGACCGGAGAGUAUCACCUAGAAGCCGCAAGAAACUCCAAGUUAUCAUUUGCGUUCUGCUUGUGGAGCUAUUUGAGAGAUUCACAUUCUUCGGCAUUGUGUGCAACAUGAUUCUCUUCUGCACUGUGAAGCUUGGCUACGACAACUACCUGGCUGCAACGGUCAACCUGUGUUUUAUAGGAGCCAGCACCCUGACCCCUGUGCUGGUGGGUUGGUUUGCUGAAACCUGUCUAGGAAGAACCAAAGUGCUUUACCUGUGUGCUUUCCUACAUUUCUUUGGCACGGCCAUGCUGCCCGUGGUGGCAUUUCCUUUUGAAGAUUUCUACAUUGACAUGCAUCACAUGAGCUAUAAGUUGGAACCUCAUGAGCAGCAGGCCCUGUUCUACACCGGCCUCCUGGCUGCUGCACUGGGCAUUGGUGGUAUCCGGGCCAUUCUUUGCCCCAUGGGAGCGUACAGCUUGCAGAGCUACAAUCAAUAUCAGCUACUGGGCUUCUUCAACUGGUUCUACUGGUUGGUUAACCUGAAUUCCACUGUUGUGUUUCUGGGUAUUGCUUACAUCCAGCAAUCUGUGGCCAAAAAUCUGGCUUUCCUAAUCCCCUUCACCUCUGCACUGCUGGCACUCAUCGCCAUCCACAUGAUGCGCAACAAACUCACCUACAAACCCAAGAAAGGCGGAUCCCUGUUGACCACCCUUGGGGUUUUCUUGAACUCUCUCAAGAUGUGCUGCCUUCACUAUCGGCACCUUAGUGGAGAUGUGCCAUCGUGGCUGGAUCGGGCCAAGGAGAACAACGGCGGCCGGUACAGUGAGACUCACGUAGAGAACGUCAAAGUCCUGGCCAAGCUCUUCCCUCUUUAUGGACUUCAGCUGUUGUACAGAGCCUGCCUCACUCAGAUCCCAUCCGGGUAUUACAUCCAAACCAUGAACUCCAACCUUCACCUCAAUGACGUCCUGUUGCCGAUCGGGACCAUGAACGUGAUCAGCAUUUUACCUCUGCUGAUGUUGGCCCCGCUGAUGGAGUGCGUCACGACCUUCUCGCUCUCCUUUGCAAAAACGCCACCGGCGCCCACCAGAGUCGUUGCUCUUGGACAUGCAUGUGCAGCUCUCUCCGUCCUGGUGGCAGGUUUGUCUGAGCUGCACCGGAAGUCUUUCCCCCUGGUAGAGCAAACUCUGUCCGGGAAGGUUCUGCAAGUGUCAUCCAUGCCAUGUUUCCAGCUGGCUCCGCAGUACAUCCUACUUGGACUGGCCGAGGCUCUGGUCACUCCGGCAUGUUCCCUCAUAUCUUUCCAGCUGACCCCUGGCCACAUCCGAGGAAUCUCCUUGCACUUCCUCACGCUCUCCUAUGGGGGGGGCUGCUUCCUAGGAGCCCUGUGCAUUCAGCUGCUCUACCUCAUGUCCGGAGGUAACUUCUACCCAAACGUGCUGCAUGACGGGAACCUGGAGAGAUUCUUCUUCCUCAUGGCCACGCUGAUGUUGAUAAAUACGUUUAUUUACUGGACUGUAUCGCACAGAUACAUGGAUUUGAGCGUGCAGGGUAAAGCGCUGCCUAUCAGCCCGCUAACUGAGAAGCUGCUGCAGUACAAAGCACGCCUGCGGUACUACGACUCCAUGGAGCACUCCUACACAAACAACUCCUACAACCUGUCACAUGACGCGCUUUAGACGCCAUCUGGACAUUCUGUGGCGCUGGCGCUGCUGACUUCUGUGUCAAAUUGUUUGCUUUUUGUCAUGACAACUGAAUGUAUUUAGCCACAUGGGCUACGUAUGGUGAAUUGUUUAUAGAGCAGGGAUGUCCAAAGUGCGGCCCGCGGCUGUUUUUUUUUUUUUUUUUAAAUUGACCUCCGGCACAUUCUAAAAGCAUACUUGAACAAGAAAACAAAAAAAGCAAAAAUAGAAAACUCAACAGCAAUUUUACAAGAAUAAAGUAAAAAAAAACAACACCAUUUUAGUAGCAUACAGUUGAAAUAUUAAAGAAAGAUCUUAUUUGGAAGCCAUCAUCUUAUGAAAAACAAACAAAACAACUAAUAAAGU